GUUGACGUUUCAAAUUCGAGUUGGACAUUUAGGUUAACAUCCAAAAAUUAAUCAAAAAAAUGGCAAAAAGUCAGAAUAAUUUGCUGGAUUUAGAUGUGGAGAAGCUAUUCGAAGAACACAACGUUGACGAAAUAAUCGAAAUCGAAAAACUUCUGGACACGGAAAUUGAAAGAAAACGUAAAGAAUUGAGGUCGAUGGUCGGAGAUCGUUAUAAGGAUGUACUAGCAGCUUCUGAUUCUAUCAAGUCGAUGAAAACUAUAUCCCAAGAAAUUGUGGACAGCAUCGACAAUAUUACUACUAAAUGCCAAGAUCUUACCCAAAAUAUAUCCAAUUUGGACAAAAAAUCGAGUAUUCCAGUAGAUAGUAAAAAAAUUGAAGAAAGGAUUAUUAUAAGUCAAAUACGACUAGCCAUUUUCAUGAACGAACAAAUUUGGGUAGCCCUCGAUGAGGAAAAUAAUUUAGAUGCAGCGCAAUAUUUCUUAUUAGCCCAGCACAUACAAACAGGUCUAAGUCUCUCCAAGAAGGAAUACAUCAAUAAAGUACCUCUUCUUCAACAUAUAAAAUCAAAUUUAUUACUGUUGAAAUCAAAAAUACUUGAAAAAAUUACCGAUAAAUUAGAAUCGGUAGAAACGUCCACAAAAGAAACGAGUCAAAAUUUAAAUGCCUUAUUUUUGCUGGAAAAUCAAGGUAGCAAAGAUUUAAUAAGCAUUUUUAUCGAACACCGUAAAACAGCUCUAAAUACUGUCAUCAAUUCACCCUAUUCGAGUGUACGAGCUCAAAUUUGCUCUAUGGUUAAGUGUCUUCUAACCACUGUUCGGCUCUUAUACGAUUGUUUCAUUAGCGAUCAAAAUGGAUACAGGGGAUUAAUUUGGCAACAACUACAAGGCAUCAUAGGAAACACAGCCCCUUUUACAAUAAGUAAAUUAGAUUUACCUGUUACCCCGUUGAUGUCGUAUUUACCUGAAAUUAUUAAGCAAUUUAGGCCUACAUGUAAAUCUAUUUACCAAACCGAAACACCUACCAAAGAAGUAGAUAAUAUACUUAAAGAAUGGUUAGAGUCCACAAGAAAAACAGUAAAGGAAGGAUUGGAAAAAUCCCUCGAUCUAAUUCCGAACAUAAAAGGUUUACACCUGACGAGGGAAGAAUCAUUAAAAAUCGAGCCUCCGGAUAAUUGGGAUCAAAUAUGCAAAGAGUCGCAGUUGCCGGAUAAUUUCAACAUUUGGUAUUACUUCUUCCAAAAUCUGAUUACUCUCAGAUGCCAGAGUUUAAUAACGAAGAAAAUGUCUUCAAUCAUACUAGAAACUCAAAGCGACGUUGAAUCAGUUCUUGAAAGUGCUUGUAAAUCUGAUAACUCCGAAGCAGACCUGCGCUGGUAUGUUUGGAACGAAGAAAUAGAAGAUGUUAGUAAAUUCGAAAAUUCACAUUUAGGACUUUCUAUGAAAACGAAGGGGUAUUCAAAGAACAUAGUGGAGUUGUGCGAUAAAUUCGACAAAAAAUAUUUAGAACUCCUCCAAGAUGCGUCCCAGUAUUUAUACGGAAAGGACUUCAAUAUCAAUUUGAAUUACGCGAUGGUACUAAAGGAUUUCAAAUUUAAAAGGAAAUUCAUGGACAAGACUGAUGUAGAAAAGCACCUUCAAUUAGAAUGCAGCAAAACGUGCAAAGGUUUGUCGGAUUUCUCGAAAGAUCUUCUGUCGGAAGAUUCGGAUUACUUUGUAACCAAAUGCGUUAUAUUAGCAAGGUUCCUGCAGGCUAUAACCCAAUUAUGCCCCCAUUUCCACAAGUGCUGCACGUUCAAUAACGCCGACGAAUGGUUGAAAAUCUGUGAUACAUUUAAUAUUACCAGUCAAACGUUAUGGAUGCAUUGGAUCGAUGAUGUAGUAAAAGAUACCGAAAAAAAUUGUCAGGAAUUAGACGACGUUUCGGUUAAAAAGAUACUAAAAACGUUUGCUAAGUGGGACGAAAUCGAGAUCCAAGAACAUACCGAAGAAAAAGUGUUCAAAUCGCAAAUACAAGUGCCAUUAAAGCCUAGUUUAAUGCUAAACGAAAUAGUGGAUAAGCUGAACGCUUCCAUCGGCCUGAAGAUUCCGCAUUCCAUUCCGAAGACCAUCCAUUUGAAAUUCAUUGAAAAAAAUUCCGCCGUCAUUUUCGAUCGCUACAAGAGCUUGUCCGAAAAGCAGCUGAACCAAAAGCAAGCUUUGCAGUUUCUGUUCGAUAUCAAGUACUUGACGACGCUGUGCAUUCCUAGAGAAAACGUUCAACUCAUCGCCUAUUCCCAAGAGAUCUGUGAUAAAUUUAGGAGUAAAAUUGACCCGUUUGAUUUGGACGUAUUUUAUUCGUACCUACAAAAUAACGUUAAGAGAGCAGUAGCACAAUCUCAGGUUAUUUUGGGAUGCUUGUUGCCGUCUUCAAAUCAGCUAGCUAAUUUAGGAGUUAGUGAAAAGGUUAAAGAGCAAGACCAGAAUCCCAAUAUAUUAGCCUUGAGUACGCCUUCAUUGGCUUCGUGGUUUCCCUUGUUACCUGUUUCGGCACCUUCACAGAGAGCACCCGGUUCUUCUACGAAAGCAAAGGAUUCUUCAGUUAAGUCUAAAUCCACUCCGAAGAAAACGCCGGAUUCUUCUAAUAUUAUGAAGCACAGUGCCGCAUCGAUUUUCGGAGGCCUUGCCACCGAUUGGUUUUCGUAACAUUACAUUCAGCCGGUUUAAUGUUGUUUUGUACAUAAAAAAAUCGCACUUUUGCGCAAUUUUGUACGUGUACAGCAUGUUUAUUCGUAAGGAUAAAAGUUUAAAAACUAUUUUCAAUAAAUUAUAAUAUAUUAUAAAUAAAUUGAAUUUAUUA